UUGUGCCGGCGCGGCUCGCCCGGGGCCUGCCGCGGGUCCGCCCGCACGGGGGCGCUGGAGCACCGCCCUAAGGCCUUCCUCCCUCCUCCCGCCGGAAGCGCUCUCCUGACCCUGCGCGCCGCGGGAAGAUGGCGCUGGAAGCUGGCGACAUGGAAGAGGGGCAGCUUUCCGACUCGGAUUCCGACAUGACGGUCGUACCCAGCGAUAGACCUCUGCAAAUGGCGAAAGUCCUGGGUGGGGGCAGUGCUGCCUGUGCACCAGUGUCAAAUUAUCGGACUGUUAAACACGUGGACUCGAGUGAGGAGAGCCUAGAUUCCGACGACGAUGAUUGCUCUCUUUGGAAACGUAAGCGACAGAAGUGUCAUAAUCUUCCUCCCAAGCCAGAGCCUUUCCCGUUUGGACAGAGUGGUCAGAAAAUGGCUCUCAACGGCGGAAAAAAGGUGAACAACAUUUGGGGUGCCGUGCUGCAGGAACAGAAUCAAGAUGCCGUGGCCACUGAGCUUGGCAUCUUGGGAAUGGAAGGCACCAUCGACAGAAGCAGGCAGUCUGAGACCUAUAAUUAUCUGCUUGCUAAGAAACUUGCUAAGAAGGAAUCUCAAGAGUAUACAAAAGAAUUAGACAAAGACCUAGAUGACUAUAUGCACGGUGACAGAAAACCAGGGUCAAAGGAAGAGGAGAGCGGGCAAGGUCAUCUCAAGCGGAAACGGCCUGUCAGAGACAGACUGGGGGACAGAGUAGAAAUGAACUACAAAGGCCGCUACGGGAUCACAGAAGAGGAUGCUCCCGAGAAAGUGGCUGAUGAGAUUGCCUUCAGGUUACAGGAACCGAAGAAGGACCUGAUCGCCCGAGUAGUGAGGAUACUGGGGAACAAGAAGGCCAUUGAACUUCUGAUGGAAACAGCCGAAGUUGAGCAAAACGGUGGUCUCUUCAUAAUGAACGGUAGCCGAAGAAGAACGCCUGGUGGGGUUUUUCUGAACCUCCUGAAGAACACGCCCAGCAUCAGCGAAGAGCAGAUUAAGGACAUUUUCUACAUAGAAAACCAAAAGGAAUAUGAAAAUAAAAAAGCUGCUAGAAAAAGAAGAACACAGCUACUGGGGAAGAAAAUGAAACAAGCUAUCAAAAGUCUGAACUUCCAGGAGGAUGACGACACAUCACGGGAAACAUUUGCAAGUGACACUAACGAGGCCCUGGCCUCUCUGGACGACGCCCAAGAUGGCCCCGGCGAGACCAAGCUGGAUGCCGAGGAAGCCAUCGAGGUGGACCACACUCCGGACCUGGACAUCUUCUAAGCAUUCUGGACAUUUUGAAGAAUAAACCUUUGUUUUAAAAAAAACUGGUUACCAUUUCUACUGAGGUUGCUUUACUGAGCACUGAAACUGGAGAAAGGAGCACUGUUUCUGUUCCUGCGCAGUAGUGAGGUUUGUGGGCAGUCGGGUGCCAUCCCUUCCGCAGCAGUGUGGAGGGAUGGCCGUGUGACGUGGACAGCACGGCUUGGUUCGCAUUCUGCUGCAUGUGCUGACUGUUAGCCCAGGUGGAGCUGUGACUGCUCUGUCCUGCACACUGUUUGAUGCCAUUAAGACACUUUGGUUUUCUGAUUCAUCUUUGUGGUGACUAUGCUUUGGUUUUAACACAUUCCAUUAAAACACCCUGUAAUAUGUAUAAAUUGUUGAGCUGUUACAUUCAGUAACGGGCAGGGUCUUGGUGUGGGCUGACCUGUCCCGCCUCGGCCUGAGCAGUGCUGAGAUACUGACUCAUGCCGCCGUGUCGUCUACUUUUGUGGCAUUCUUUAUAAAGUUAAUUUAUUUCUUCUUC